CGUGAAACCGAAUUGAUCGAUCGAAGUUGGUCAACAGCUUUUCAAGAGAAAUUAAUCCAAUCUGAAUCCAAAGAAAUGAGUAAUCGAUGGCAAAGUACUUAUUCAACUUCAAUAAGAGAUCAACCAAUUCAUACUCAACUUACUCAAUCUCCUCAUUACCAACCAUCUCAACCAUCUCAACCACCACCAUCACAUACCUUCAUUCAUCAAUCACCUCAAUCACCUCUCAUUCUUCAUCAUUCAAACUCAAAUCAAAUCAAUCUUGAUCACUCUGAUAUCCCAGUUCAUCCUGACCUUCUUCGUCGUCGUUCAAAAUCUCCUAAUCAUGGAGAACUUUCCGAAUCUCGCCAUUCCAUUGACUCUCGAUCGGCUCUCCCAGACUCUGUUCAGUCUAUCAACUCACCUGGUACCAAACGUGGCUCAUGCUCACAGGAUGAUCGUUCACGAAAGCAACAAAAGACUACCUCUGAGACUUUUCCACAAACGAGCUCCGCAAACCAGGUCCCGCCUGAACCAAUACCCGCCCUCCAAACUGCUACAUCCAGCCUUGCCAAGUCUGAUACCCCGCUAAAGCCAAAGUCCACCAGAGGAUCUAGGGCGUGUACAGUAUGUAGACGACUGAAAAUGCGUUGCGUGGACGCGGAAAAUGGCCCUCCCUGUAAACGUUGUCGACUAGGCAAUCAUCAGUGUAUCUUUGAAGAAAGUCAGAGAGGCAAGAAAGGUACCAAAAGAACGGAUCUCUUGGCUAAAAACCUACAGACUGUGGAGCAAAAAUUGGACGCGGUGAUGUCGAAAAUCCAGACUCAAGCUGCUAAUUCUUUUGCUAGUCCACCAAGCGGAACCACUGGGAUACCAUUUGAUGUCUCGCAAACUCAUCAGAUAUGUCCAAACACCACGAAUCGAGUGGUCGUCGGAUCUCGCUCACCGUUCUUGUUCACCGUCAUCUGUGCUGUGGCAUCUCGAUACUAUGAAAAACGUCAAAAGCUAUAUCUGGAUUGUCUCCAGGCUGCAAAGCGCAUUGCUUUUGAUGUGAUGGUCAAAGGCUAUAAGUCUGUGGAAGUCGUUCAAGCAUUCUUAUUAUUGACCCUUUGGAACCAACCCGCAGAAAGGUUUGAAGAGGACCGUACAUGGGCCUUUUCUGGCAUCGCCAUCCGCAUGGCAGUGGAUCUGAAUCUCCACAGGAAAAGCACCGCGCAAUUGCCAUUUGCAGAUUCUCAAUUGCAAAAACCUAUUCCAGACGAUUCAUCGAUACAACAAGAACACUACGAGAAGGAGAUUCUAAACCGGGAAAGGACCUGGCUUUAUUGCUUUAUUCUUGAUCGUUCGUUAUCAGCCCAGAUGGGAAAACCAUACACAAUUCGAGAAGAUUUUAUCAUUAGGUCUUCAAAAAGUUGGCAUAAACAUCGUGCCUCAGUACCAGACGACUCUGGGAUCACAGCUAUGGUGGAUCUACAUCGCAUACACUCAAGAUCAUUGGAUUUGCUAUAUUCUCAUACUGGCACACCCUCAGGCUUGAACGCCAAUCUGGAUUACUCUUUAUUGAUGAAGACAUUUUCUCAAUUAUUCACCAUGAGCUUUAUGCUACAACAUACAUUGGAAAACCCUGACAAACAAAUCGAGCUUCCGCAUGUCUACCUCACAUGUUACGACGCUGCAACACGAGUGAUCACCAUUGCACGGGAUCAUUUGGGACCUUUAGGCGCUUUGCGAUACGCGCCCGACAGCCAAUUUGUAUACAUCGCUUAUGCUGCAGUGUUCUUACUGAAGCUUAUACGGCCACAAUUCAGCUCUACGUGUGACCCGUUGGCAGUCACCAGCUUAGUCCAUGAUUGUACAGUACUAUUAGAAGAGGUUUCGGUGGACGAGAAGCACACGCCAGCCCUCUAUGCGGCCUUUUUGAAAGUGUUGUUGAAUAGCAAGACAGGAUCUUCACCAUCUCCCAAAGACACAGAUCAAUCACAACCAUCCACGUCCACGCCUCUUGAUCCGGGUGGAUAUAAGGACCCCAGUACUAAUUCACCUUUGAGAAAGACAGUUGAUAGGGGCUUAGAUUGUGCUGUGCAAUCUGACCAGCCCACGGUCGCCACACAGCGCGGAGGUAUAUCACUCAAUACUGUUCCGGACAGAGUUGAUCAUAUACCAGGUGUCCCAUUUCCGCCUGGAAACCAAUUGGACUCUACUUUUGGAUCGUCAUCUGAGCUUCCAUCUAGUGUUAAUUGUCCAAUACUGCCAUUUGACCUACAACCAUUUGAGGGUUUCGUUGCGGAGAACGAUCAACCACAAAUGAACGAUUGUUUUGUUGAUUCGUUAUUGGAAGAUGGUGGAUUUUGGGAUUCGAUGUUAAUGCCUGGAUAUUCUGGACCAUUAGAUGCACUUUCAGGUGGAGUUGGAUUAGUUUCACAAUUUAAUUCACAUGAUCAAAUCGGAUUUGGAUUUACACCUACUGGAUCUGGUAGAGUUACACCUAAUCAUCUUUUGAAUCAUAUACAACAUCAUGGAAAUGGAAAUGGAAAUGGAAAUGGGAAUGGACCUGGGAAUGAACAUGUUUAAAAAGAACACCAUGGUGAUACAGUAAUUCUAUUAUCAAAUUGUUAUGUGUAUUAAUUUUUUUUUUGGUUUGAAGCAUUUAUAAUGUAUUUAUUUUGUUACAAUAAAACAUCAAAUGAGAUCAAGUAUG